ACAGGUCGGCUUUUCAAAACUGCAGAUCGAGAAUUCCGUGUGCAUGAAAUUUACGGCGAUGGAAAUUGCAUGUUUCGAGCUGUUAGCUUUAUUUUAUGGGGCAAUGAAAACCGUCACAAACACCUGCGAUCGAUGGUCGUAAAUCACAUAAGAUCGGCGUGGCCCGAAGUAAAGUCGUUCGUUCUCGCGGAAUGGAACAUUACCAGGGCGGAUCGCUACGUCGAGUUCAUGGGCAACGAGGGCACCUUCGCCAGCGAGCUGGAGUGCAUAGUCGCGGCCAAACUCAAUCAGCUGAAUCUGGCCAUUUACCGGAGAAUAGGGCCCAACGCGCAGCUUCAGCGAAUCCUUUACAGUCACUUUAGCUCGCGGGUCAAAACUGGCAACUUGCUCUUCAGCGGUCGCAACGAUUAUGGACACUACGACGUCCUUUUGCCCAUAUAG